AUGUCGUAUACAUCUUCAGCAUUGGUGAUUACGUCUUUAUUGACGGUGGGAGGUUACAUGCUCUUUACCGGCUCAGGUGAAUCCUUUAAUGUUGGUGAAUUUCUAGAAAGCACAUCUCCAUACAUGUGGGCAUCAUUAGGUAUCGCAUCAUGCAUAGGUUUUUCCGUUGUCGGAGCUGCAUGGGGUAUAUUUAUCACAGGAACAUCAAUUAUCGGUGCUGGUGUCAAGGCACCCCGAAUUACAACAAAGAAUUUGAUCUCGAUUAUCUUUUGUGAAGUUGUUGCCAUCUACGGAUUGAUCAUGGCCAUUGUGUUCAGUUCAAAGUUGACCAGCGUUAGUAGCGACUUGUUGUACACAAAGGAGAAUUUAUACACUGGAUACUCGUUGUUCUGGGCCGGUCUCACCGUUGGAAUUUCAAACUUGAUUUGCGGUAUUGCAGUUGGGAUUACAGGUUCCACAGCUGCCAUCUCAGAUGCAGCAGACAGUGCAUUGUUUGUCAAGAUUUUGGUGGUGGAAAUUUUUGGAUCUGUUUUGGGUUUAUUUGGUUUGAUUGUGGGACUUUUGAUGACCGGUAAAGCUCAGGAGUUUAGCUGA